UUUUAAUCACAUCAGCCCCGUUAAGCGGAUUGAUUUACUCAGUAUUGGUAAAUAUGAUCACGUGGAGCCCACAACCAAUGGAUGGAGGUUGCAGUCUGCAAAAUACUAUGAUUGUUCUCAGGGAGGGUAUUACAUACAGUUAAGAGUGUAACCUUUUAUAUGAGUAAGAGGGGAGGCUAAAAUGUCGUCAAGUGGUACCAUAAGUAACUACUAUGUGGAUUCUCUCAUAGGACAUGAGAACGAAGAGGUCUACGGGGGUAGAUUUUCCCAGGGAGGAGGUCACACAACGACCUCUAGGCCACCAGGUGUUGGAGACAGUUCAGAUUUUUCCUCUUGUAGCUUUGCGUCAAAAUCCAACGUGUUCCCCACAUCUUGGUCCACGGUGCACCCACAGCCCUCUGCAGGGAUGACUGGGAUCUAUCAUCCGUACGUGGGCCAGUCCCACCUUGCGGCAGAGAAUAGCAGAUACACGGUGCGUUCGUGGCUGGAGCCCAUCUCCAGCACUGCGACCUCCUUCUCUGGAUUCCACAGCAACGGGCGCAACUACGGCAUCAAGCCUGAAAGCGCACCCAAAAGGACCGAGUGCUCCUCGUUUGACUCCCAUGGGAUCAGCCUCCCAAAUUACACUUGCAACUCCUUUCCAGAAAGCACAGACAAGGAGCCUGCUAAGGAACAUGCUGCCACUGAGGAUCCAAAUAACAGCGAGUUAAAGGAGGAAAAACAGCCCCAGCAGCCCCAGCAGCCCCAGCAACAACAGCAACUUGAUCCAAAUAAUCCUGCAGCAAACUGGAUUCAUGCUCGUUCCACUCGAAAGAAGCGUUGUCCUUAUACAAAGUAUCAGACUCUGGAACUGGAGAAAGAAUUUCUUUUUAAUAUGUACCUUACCCGGGAUCGUCGCUAUGAAGUAGCUCGAAUCUUAAACCUCACUGAAAGACAGGUAAAAAUCUGGUUUCAGAACCGAAGAAUGAAAAUGAAAAAAAUGAACAAGGAGAAAGGAAAUAAAGAACAAUAACAUAUCUGAAAAUGCACUAAAUUCUUUCUGUAAUUUUUGGGACAUGUAUAUAUAUUCAGGUCUUUUGGCUUAGAUGUGAAUGUGUUAUGUGUAUUUUGGAAACCCAGUUUUCAUGUCAGUGCGCAUUUGGAAUUGCGUAAUUUUGAAUUGUUUCUUUUGAAUAUUAUUGUAAAUGCACGUUGGGUUUUACAGGUAGGUAGUUUGAGACGUUUUAUAAAUGAAGUUAGUAUAGCUAAAGUAACUAAGAUUGAAGUUUCAGUAGCGCUGCUUUGAGUGUAUGGCGAAAGAACUACUUGAAUCCAGACUCACCCCGUAGAUACUGAAUAUAAAAAAUAAAAUGUAUGGACUCCAUGUGUCAAAACACUUAAUGCAUUCUUGUGACGUUAGUAAAUUAAAUAAAUAUAUAUAUAUUUUUUUUUAUUAUUUACGGAACUUUUUUUUCAAAUGGCCUAGAAUUUCGUUUAACAAAACGUGUGCUCUUUAUUUUAUUAAACGGAUCACUAUUUGGUAAUUUGGUAAAGGAAAUCAUCACACACACACACACAUAUAUAUCUACAUAUAUAUAUAUAUAUAUAUAUAUAUAUAUAUAUAUGUAGAUAUAUAUAUAUAUAUUAGCUAAACUCGUUUGGAAACCAAUAAUGUUGAGCAAUCCACUAUUGCAGACUCCGCAUGUGUGCAUCCUUUAUGUGCAAACGAAUGUAAGUUUAGUGUUUAGAUACUAGGUGUAUAAUCUAUAUAUAUAUGUAUAAAAAAAAACAAUACAUGGUUAAGUAUGAGACAGGGACCUUUGGAUAUGUAGUACUGUUGAAUCUGGUUUUGUAUACAAAUUGUUUGAAUGAAAAUAAUUAUCUGUCCA